GUUCAGACCACUUUUACUCGUGUGUUUGCUGGCCCCCGGGGUCAUGACCGAAGCUGACCCGAAAUCUGACCCGGCCGCUGACCCACUUCCCGAUCCAGUUGCUGACCCUGUAGCUGACCCUGAGGCUGACCCGGCUGCUGACCCCGGAUACCACGCCCCCUGCUACGACAAGACACAAUAUGUGAAUGCCUACAAGACAGAGGCUUAUCCUGUGCCCGUCUACGAGACCGUGUACAAGAAGAAGGUCGUCCCCACCACCUUGUACAAGACCUUGCACAAGACCCAGUACCAGACGGUCUACCACACCGAGUACGUGCCAAAGUAUGUCACCGAAACCUUGUACAAGACCCAGGUGAACUCCGUGACCAAGCACCUAUCCAAGUACCAGACCCAGUACCAGACCCGGUACGCCACCGACGUGCAGUACGUGCCCAAGUACGUCACCAGCACGCACUACCACACCCACUUCCAGACGCAGGUGCGCUACAACACCAUCUACGACACCCAGUAUACCCCAGUUUACGUGACGAAGACCAAGGUGCAGUACCAGACGCACUACGCGACCCAGUACGCGCCCAACUACGUCACUGUCGCCAAGAACAAGGUCAUCUACAAGACUUAUUGCCCCAAGCCAGUCUAUGGGUAAUAGGGGCUGUCGGCUUGGCGGCUUAUUCACACUCUAUUGCUGUUUCUUCUUUAUCGAACCUCUCAUCUGAGUCUCAUACCGUCUUCUUCUCUUUCCGUUUGUAAAUAUCUCGUAUUUAUUUUGUACUUUUAUUAUAUAUACACACACACAUUUCUCUAUUAUUUGUGCUUUUAUCAUAUACAUAUACAUAUUUUUUCUAUAACAUUAUAUACAUUAAUUCGUCUCCCUAUUCUUAAUCAUAGCAUUCUCUUAUCUCUGAUUACCAUUUCUUCUUGAUUAUUAUUUUAUUUAUUUUCCUUUGUUCUAUUGCUUCUCCUAUUAAGCUUCACUGCUUGCGAGAUUCACCAGAAAUCCUUUAAAUGAAAAUGCUUUACGCUGUACAUUUGUAUAUUUAGACGGGGGAUGGUCAAGGUGUUGUAAACACUGUAAACAGCAUUAAUAAAACUAUUUUCUUUU